AUCGGUACUCUCAGCCAAAUUUUCUAACAACCGACAACAGAAGACUGUGCGUUAGUCGAGCAGUCCAUCUCGUUGUGUGAAAACCCCAACGCGCCUUGGCUUCCGUUGCAAAAUUGUUGCCCUACACAACGCUUUGCUGUCGUCGCUGCUCUUUGAAUUUAGUGCGAGCCAACGGGAAAUAUUCUAAUAAUAAACGUCGUCACUUGCACACUGCCAACGUAGUAGCCAACAAAAUGGUUAACGUAACCAUUUACGAUGAGGCUCCCAAGCUGAAGCCCAACGAAGUACCCCAAAACAUGGCCGCCGAAGCUGAUUCGCAAUUGGAGCACAUGUGCCGCCUCCAGUUCGACUCGCCUGUACCACAUGUGCGUCUGUCCGGCAUUGUGUGCACCAUUGGUCCUGCCUCGCGCAGCGUCGAAAUGCUCGAGAAGAUGAUUGCCACCGGCAUGAACAUUGCCCGCAUGAACUUCUCACACGGUUCGCAUGAGUAUCAUGCCGAAACUGUGGCCAAUGUGCGUCAGGCGGUCAAGAACUACUCUGCCAAGCUUGGCUAUGAGCACCCAGUGGCCAUUGCCCUGGACACCAAGGGACCUGAGAUUCGCACGGGUCUGAUUGGCGGCAGUGGCACCGCUGAGAUUGAGUUGAAGAAGGGCGAGACCAUUAAGCUGAGCACCAACAAGGACUUCUUGGAGAAGGGUUCGUUGGAGGUGGUCUACGUGGACUAUGCCAAUAUUGUGAAUGUGGUCAAGCCCGGCAACCGUGUGUUCGUCGAUGAUGGUCUCAUUUCGUUGGUUGUGCGAGAGGUGUCUAAGGACACUCUGGUCUGCGAAGUCGAGAACGGUGGAGCUUUGGGCUCCCGCAAGGGCGUCAAUCUGCCAGGAGUGCCAGUUGACUUGCCUGCCGUAUCCGAAAAGGACAAAUCAGACUUGCAGUUUGGCGUGGAACAAGACGUUGAUAUGGUCUUUGCCUCGUUCAUUCGCAAUGCCGCUGCGCUCUCUGAGAUUCGUGCUGUGCUCGGCGAAAAGGGCAAGAACAUUAAAAUUAUCUCAAAGAUUGAGAACCAGCAGGGCAUGCACAAUCUUGAUGAAAUCAUCGAGGCUGGUGAUGGCAUUAUGGUGGCCCGUGGCGAUUUGGGCAUUGAGAUCCCAGCGGAGAAGGUCUUCUUGGCCCAAAAGGCGAUGAUUGCACGCUGCAACAAGGCUGGCAAGCCUGUGAUUUGUGCCACCCAGAUGUUGGAGUCCAUGGUGAAGAAGCCUCGUCCCACACGUGCCGAAAUCUCUGAUGUGGCUAACGCUGUUUUGGAUGGCGCUGACUGUGUCAUGUUGUCCGGUGAGACCGCCAAGGGUGAAUACCCGCUAGAGUGUGUGCUGACCAUGGCGAAGACCUGCAAGGAGGCUGAGGCGGCGCUUUGGCAUAAAAAUCUGUUCAACGACUUGGUGCGUGGCGCCGCAGCAUCACAGUUGGAUGCAGCUCAUGCCGUCGCCAUUGCUACUGUUGAGGCUGCCACCAAAGCUAGAGCCGCAGCUAUUAUCGUCAUCACAACCAGCGGCAAGUCAGCCUUCUUGGUCAGCAAAUAUCGCCCACGCUGCCCCAUCAUUGCUGUCACUCGUCUGCCACAAACCGCACGUCAAGCUCAUCUCUACCGUGGCCUGGUGCCACUUAUCUACAAAGAGGCUGCCCUUGGUGACUGGCUGAAGGAUGUCGAUGUUCGCGCCCAGUUUGGUCUGCAGGUUGGCAAGAAGAACGGCUUCAUCAACAAGGGCGACUCCGUUGUCAUUGUCACUGGCUGGAAGCAGGGAUCUGGCUUCACAAACACCAUGCGCAUUGUCACCGUGGAAUAAAUAUCGCAUCUACAGAUGUACCUCGUCCGCCACAACUUCGAGCGUUCCAAGCGCUUCAAACGCUGUGCGUCGGCGUUACUUACUGUUAUUAACCAAGUUAAUUUAUUGAAGCUCUAAAAACAAUUCACAAAUUGUAUGGAAUAUUGUAAUUUCGGAAAUUUAAAUUGGAUAAGCCGCUUAGCAUUACUCCAGGAAUGGAGCUGCACAUAAGCACAAUACAUCUUUGUUAAAUUAGCGUUCUUCAUAGUAAGUUGAUAAACAAAGAUUAAUAAAAUAUUAUAUAUAUGUAUGUAUGUAAA